AUGUCGAAAGUCCAAAGUGUUGAAAAGAGUGAAAACGAGAAGAUAGCUCGUUUAUGUGAAGAAAUCGAAUGUCUCAAACGUGAUUCGGAAGAGAUUCUUGCCGAGGUCAUCUCUUGUCGCAAAAUUUAUCCCGAAGUGAUGGCUAAAAUGAAGAUGUCAGAAAAUCGGGAGAAGUUUGUUCGUUUGGUCGAGGCACCAUUGAAGUCAAGUCACUUCCAAAAGGCCACCAUUGAUGUAGAACAACUGCAGAAGGACAUCACCAAAGCCGUUGACAAAAACAGAGACAUGUCGAAGAGCAAGAAGGCUCUUGAAAUCGAACUUCAGCAGCUGCGAAGCGAACAUCAGAUGUGGGAACAACAGUGCGAGCGGUUACACGAAAUUGUCAACAGCGCUCCAAUCCACAUACUUCCGGACGACUUUGUCUUGUCUUUGUCGAGAGCAGAGAUUGAGCAGCGUGAUUACGAACUUGCUAAGAAGCUUCAAGAGGAGGAAAACCGUAUGCAAUAUGAGCGGGAAGAAACCGAAGAUACUGCAGAAAAUGAGUAUAAAACUGGUGUUGCGUUAGCGAAACACAAGUACGUAUUGACAACUUGGCCUGUAGUCUGUGUUAGAGGUGCUGGACUGGAAAUGUAUAAUGAUGAAUUGUCCCCUACAUCGCUGAAUUGCGAUGAAAGUGACCCUGUUGAUAGUGAUGAUUAUACUGGGAGUGAAAUGUCAGUAGAAAGCUUGGCCGCAGAGCAUACCGAAAGUGGAACUGAAAUGUCUGACGAAAAUGAGGUGCAGUUUGUCGGAGAUGAAGAUAAUGGCGAUGAAGAACAAUUCGAUAGGGAGCACGAUGUGGAAAACAAUUCCAUUUCCUUUAUCAUGCUUAAGGAUAUUAUCAUAUUUGGUCCUCGUAGCGAAAUGGAGACAAUGCCAUCGCCUGAGUCAGAAAGUGAAGACGAGGAGUCUUUGGAAUCGGCGUCGAUUUCACGCAGGGUGCCAUUCGAUGAGAACUUGAUGCGUUUUCUGCUGCGGAACGAAAUGCAACGACAGUACAAUCUUGAUUUUGGAAUUCCUGUCCUUGGGUGUGACGACGAUGACGACCCUGAUGAUACCGUUGUUAGGAGUGAAGAAUUCGGAAGAUGCACCAUUUGCUUUGAAGACAUUCCCUAUGAUCCCGUUGGAUGUUUAUAUUGCCAACAAAUGAUUGGAUGUCGUAGAUGCAUUAAUCGUUGGUACAGUUGUGGACGUUCUGUAAAUGUUAUGGAUUUGGAUUUCUUGGACGGACAUCAACCUAAUAAUCAUAGACAGUGCCCGUUAUGUAGACAUGAGUGGCUGGAUCAGAUGGAAGUAACGAGCAUGUUUGAUCUGAGGAAUGACUAG